GCUCUAGAGAAAGUGUGCUCACACAUUAGUAAUGCAUCCAUCCAUCCACGAGGCUGCAUAAAUGGAUCCAUGGAGAGCAAGCCAAUCAGCUAGGCACUCUGUCUCUCGGGAGGCGGCACAAUGGGCCUCUCUCGCCUCCUCCUCCUCAGUUUAAUCGCCUCCGCGGCCGUGAGCACCUUCGCGGCGCAGUCCGAUCCAGCGUCGCCAGUGUGCGACCUCAGCAUCAUCGCCCCAAAACUGGCGCGCCACUGCCAGUCCGAUCCCGACGUGCCUAGCUUCCUUCUCAGUCCCACCGCGCAGUGCUGCGAGGCGCUGGUGGGCUCUCUGCCUGCGCAGAUAGAGAUGGCCCUCCCGUGCCUCUGCCGUGCGGCGGGCGACCCACGGCUCGUCGCCGCCAGGCUCGACGUCCCCCGCAUCUUCGCGCUCUACCGCCGCUGCGUCAAAGGAAGCUUCCGCAGAGGCCCCAGCUUCGCUAACCGGUACUGUGAAGUGGAGGACAUCGACAGGGAGAAGUGCAACGCCGCGAACCUCGCCACGCGGGUGUCCCGGUCCUGCGUGAUCAACGGCAAGAUCACCUCGGCGUGCUGCCUGGCGGUAGUGCCCACAGUCGUAUACCGCGGACACCCGUCCUGCCUCUGCCGCGUCGCGGCAGAGCCGCAGCUCGCCGCCGCCGGCCUCAACGGCACCGGCAUCCUCGAGCUCUACGCCGCCUGCGGAGGCACUAACCCCGUAGGCCCGCACCUCGUCGAUGCCUGCAAAGCAUGGAACCUCCCGACCCCUGCCCUGGCACCUCCUGCCACCACAAAGCCGCCGAGUGUCCUGCCGCCCACGAUGGCGGCAUCGGCGUCGUGCGCGCCCAAGGCCAUCGCUUUCUUCAUGGUCUCGUACGUGUACAAGGAUCCCACCGCGCUGACCUGCAGGAACCUGGUGGCCUCCGUCGACUUCGGCGGCGGCGUCCCGUGCCUCUGCCGUGCGGCCGUCGAGCACGUUACCAUCAGCGCGCAGCUCAAGACCACCGACCUCCUCGCCAUCUAUAACGCCUGUGGAGGACUCCGCCUAGGAGGGGCCGAGCAUAAAGCCGCCGCCGCGUCGUGCGAAGGGUAUGGACUGCCCUUGCCGCUGCCACCGACCGGCAAGACUCCCACCACCCCGCUGCAGCAGAACCACGACGGCGGCGCCAUCCGCAUCCGCCCGGACACUGCCGGAGACCGCUAUGGCUUGAUCUCGCUGUGUUUCGAGAAGGUGAAAUUGCGAUUUAGUUGUUGGUGAAGCAGUAAAUGCUCUUCGAGAUUUGAUUCUAGACCGUAUGUAGUACAAGUAGUUUCUGCGCGGCGUGCGUCCAUGGUGGUUCGUGUCGUGAGUCGUGACCCGAUCUCGGCGGCCAUCUUGCCGGACACAAAAGCACAUUGUAUCUUUUGCAUUCUCUCAACUCAACUCUCCUACGAAUUGAAUGCGUGCAAUUUCAGAUCAAACAGUUUGGUGCAAAUAACAAUUGUUCAAA